UCUGCUUAGGUAACAGGGCAGAAGUCUUGGCGCGGCUCUGAUUACGCGCCUGACGGUUCAGGCUGUCAGUCAGCCGGGGUCUCCACCAAACAUUCUUCCUUCUUUGAUUGUUGCACUUCUUACCGACUUCGCCUUAGAGGACUUCGUCCCUCCUGCUGUGUGCCCCCAGAGAUGCGCCAAACGCUCCGUCGAUCCUGUGCCGCAUGUGCCAAAGCCAAACAUAGUUGCGACUUGCGCACGCCGCGUUGCUCUCGCUGCGAAAAGCGUCAAGUCAAGUGCAUCUAUGCGAACGAACCCUUGACGGCGCCGCCGGCACCUCCCGGGCGGGGGAAUCCCGGAUCUUUAGGACCUGUCGAGGGCCUCGGCGCUCUCAUUACCUAUCAAUUUGGGUCCCUGGAUCCCUUUGAUUCGUAUCCGCAGACGAGACUUCCCCGGGAGCGCGUCCAACGUCUCAUCCAUAGCUUUGUUCAUAAGAUCGCAUUUCAAUACUAUCCCCUGGAUCUCAACCCUACCUCUAAUCCAUUUCUCAUCUCUUGGUGGCCCCUCGCUCUGGGCGAUCCGGCGCUAUUCCACGUCUCAUUGCAGACGGCAUGUCUUGAUGAAGAGCUAUUGGCGCAGAAGGGCUUUCAAGCCUCCGAGAUUCUCAACGCCGACUCCGUGGCUUUGCUCCGACGCAAAGUACAAAAUCCAUCUCUCGCUGUACAAGACGGCACGAUGAAUUCUGUCAUUACCUUGGCGGCUAUCGAAUUCGGAAAAGGCAAUAUCAAAGUUAGCGAGAUGCAUGUCGACGGUGUCAAAAGGCUGAUUGAAAUGAGAGGUGGCAUCAACUCGGUACGGCAAACCAGUCCGCUGACUGCCAGAAUGGUGAGCUGGGUAUCGAUGAUUGUCACAGGCAACCCUCAGUUCGACACGCAGGAUGAUUUCGGCACUGGCAAUGGCAUACCCACCAUCCCGGAAUGGCAGCUGGAGUCAACUGCCUGUUAUGAUUUAUCCGACCUCGGCAGCAUUGAGGUCGAGUAUGCCGUUAGUAACGUUUUCAUCCGCCUUCGCAAUGCCUUCCAGCGGGCGCAGCAAACGCCGUUGCCCUCCCCGCGACUUCAUGACCUUACAUGCUUCGUUGUACACCGACUCCUUCUCUCGGUGCCGGAUCCGACAAUGUCCCAGUCAUCUUCACCAAUCACCGAGUGUAUUCGCUACGCAACUGUGCUGUAUAUGUUCACCAUUCAGGGGCCAUUAUACUACUCGCAUGCCGUCAUAUUGAACAUGAUCGUUACCCGAUUCAUGCAUAAUCUCAAGCAACUCGACCUGAUGAAUUGUGGGCAUAAUGACUCACUAGACACAUGGUUUCUUGCAAUCGGGAUGGUCGCUUCAACUGGUACAUCCCACUACCAAUGGUUCACGAGCAGGGCAAGGACACUAGCUGCUCAGAUAACCAUCCGCCACUGGAAUGACGCUUUUGUGCGUAUCAAGAGCAUUCUGUGGCUGGAAACAAUGCAGGGAGAAGAUAUAUUCCGGCCUCAUUGGGAUACGGUUUUGAAUACGACGAGUCAGCCAGUCUCGCCAGAUGUCAUGAUGUGUGUCUCGCCAAGCAGUACCCAUGAAGCUCCGCCGCAUAUACCUUCUUGGUAUCCGGACUACCCGGACUACUCGACGGAUGAAAGUCUCCCACUGUCGAUGGAAGAUAAAUUGGACAUUGAAAUGGUACCAUGAUGGUGCAACCAGGAUUGAAUACAUAAACGCCACCAACCGGUGGGAAGUAACAAUUCACCAGCUACUCAACGCACGAGUUGGUCGUGACAUAGAACUGAUAGAGUCAAACUGAAAUCGAUAUGUGUCGCUCAGCAUCACUGUUGCUGAAUUACCAGCGCCGACGCGUACAACUCUGGGCUUUUCCAUCCAUUCGCUUUGGCCUAGUCGAAGGUGAAUCGCUCUCCCAUAUCUCUGAGGGCUGAGCUUUACACAGGAUACACACCUCCAGCGUGCUACCCAGAUUCGUCUUGGGAAUUUGGGAAAUUCGAUCAGUAUUCCAGAAUGAUUGUAGGCACUUGUCGCAGAGCUUCAUAGGUUCAAGGUCAACCGCUCCCAGAUAGCUCUAGACAGCAUCUAUACAAUACCACAUGGAUAUUAACCC